AUGUGGCAUGGAUAUUUACAGGCACAUCCAAGCCACAAAUUUAUGCGAUAUGAGUCCGAUGAACAGUUUGAUGAUCUGAAAAUUAUCUUUAAUGGUACAACCGCCAAUGGUAAUAAUUCACUUGGACUGGGUGUAACUACUGACGCUUGCACCUACGAGGUUGAUGAUAAUCAAAGUGGUGACGAUGUUACUGAUACAUCACCGACGAUGAACAAACCAGAGGAGCUGGAGAGUGGUAACAAUGACUAUGUGGUUACAGUGAGCAACAAGAUCCUUGAUAUCAUACAACAAAGAGAAGAAAGACAACAACGAGAAGCUGAAAAAACAAAAGCUGAGAAAAAGAAAAACAGUGUUUGGGAUGCUGUGAAAGAAAUCACUCAUUUGGAUCAGCGUUCUAAAUUUAAAGCAGUUACACUUAUCUAUUCCUUAGGAACGAAAGAUGUCUUUGCAGAUAUGCAUGUAGAAGAACGCAUUGGUUGGAUCCAAACCAAUAUUGGCUCCGAUUGA